AUGUGGAUCACUCUAAACAUCUGCCUGUAUCUGUCCUUUACCUGUAUCUCUGUGGCUUUCAUCCCCAGCUCAAACUCCUGUCAGCUCCAAGGGAAAUUCAAGUUGAACGGGAUGUACCAGGAUGGAGAUUUUCUCAUUGGGGGCUUGUUUGAGGUUCAGCAUCUCAAAGUGUUCCCAGAACUGAACUUCAAAGCGGAGCCAGAACUACCAGACUGUGAGGAAUUCUAUUUGGCAAGCUUCCAGCAGGCACAGACCAUGGUUUUUGCCAUAAAUGAGAUCAAUAAUAAUCACAGCCUGCUGCCUAACAUCACACUUGGUUACCAAAUCUAUGACAACUGUUUAAGGCUUGGAGUGGCAUUCAGGGCUGCAAUAGAUCUUAUUAGUGGGACAGAAGAGUCCUUCUCCAACCUCAACUGCACUGGCCCACCCCCAGUGAUUGGAAUCAUAGGAGAUCCAGGUUCCACACAGUCUAUUGCUAUUUCCAGUGUCCUGGGGCUGUUUCGAGUGCCUAUUGUGAGUUACUAUGCCACGUGCUCCUGUUUGAGUGACAGGAAUAAGUAUCCUUCCUUCUUCAGAACAAUUCCCAGUGAUGCCUUCCAGGUGCGGGCUAUGAUCCAGAUCUUGAAGCAUUUUGGAUGGACCUGGGUUGGCCUGCUCUACAGUGAUGAUGACUACGGCAUCUAUGCCGCUCAGUCCUUCCACCAAGAGAUGCAGGUGUUUGGAGGGUGUGUUGCCUUCUCUGAGAUAUUGCCUUAUGAUAACAAUCACAGAGAUAUUCAACGGAUAGUAGAGGUUAUUCAGACCUCUACAGCCAGGGUAGUUGUGGCAUUCUCAACCGAUCUGUUAUCACUGAUGGAUGAGUUGUUGUUGCAAAAUGUGACUGGCAAGCAGUGGAUCGCAAGUGAGGCUUGGACCACCACACCUGUUCUGCACACUCCACAUUAUCUGCCCCUACUGGGGGGCACGCUGGGCAUUGCCAUCCGUCGUGGAGAGAUUCAGGGACUUUGUUACUUUCUGUUACACCUCCAUCCUGACAACAAUCCAAAAAACAGUAUGAAAAAAAUAUUCUGGGAGAACAUGUUUGGGUGCAAAUUUGAUGUUAGAGGUAAAAAGGUAGAACAAGAGCAAGAACAAGGGAGAAAGGUGUGUACAGGGCAAGAGGAUCUGAGCAGCACAGACACAUCUUACAAUGAUGUGUCAGAGCUGAGGGCCUCCUAUAAUGUGUAUAAGGCAGUAUAUGCCCUGGCACAUGCCCUCCAUGAUCUGAUGCAGUGUGAGGAGGGGAGAGGGCCAUUCAGUGGGAACAGCUGUGCCAACAUAAACAAACUACAGCCCUGGCAGAUAGUCCAUUACCUACAAAAAGUGAACUUCACUACAGGUUUUGGGGAUCAUGUGUCAUUUGAUAAGAAUGGCGAUGCCCUAGCCAUCUAUGAUGUGAUGAACUGGCAGCCGAGCUCUGACGGGUCGAUCAUUGUUCGUACAGUUGGUGUGGUAGAUGAAGGGGCGGCAACAGGGAAGGUGCUCACACUGGAUGAGGAUGCAUUAUACUGGAACUUUGAGACAAAGAAUCCCCCGCGGUCUGUGUGUAGUGAGAGCUGCCCUCCAGGCACCAGACGAGCUAUGAGGAAGGGCCUUCCUGUUUGCUGUUUUGACUGCCUGCCAUGUGCAGAUGGAGAGAUUUCUUAUACAACAGAUUCAACAGAAUGUGUGAUGUGUCCAAAUGAGUUUUGGUCCAGUCCAGAAAAUGAUCGUUGUGUUCCCAAAGAAGUGGAGUUUCUGUCCUACAAGGAUCCACUAGGCAUCUCCCUGACCACAGCUUCUCUUUUAGGCACUAGUUUCUGUGCUCUUGUGAUGGUUAUCUUUGCACAUCACCGCAACACUCCAGUGGUGCGUGCCAACAAUUCAGAGCUCAGCUUCCUGCUGCUGUGUUCACUUAAACUGUGUUUUCUGUGUGUGCUGCUGUACAUUGGCCAACCACAGUUGUGGACAUGUCAGUUAAGACAUGCUGUGUUUGGUAUUAGCUUUGUCCUGUGCAUCUCCAGCAUCCUGGUCAAGACUAUGGUGGUAAUAGCUGUGUUCAAGUCAUCUCGACCUGAGGGUAAAGCUACCUUAAAAUGGUUUGGGGCAGCCCAGCAAAGAGGCACAAUUGUGGCUCUAACUACUACACAGGUAGCAAUAUGUACAGUCUGGCUGUCAACUGCAUCCCCAACACCCCAUAAAAAUAGCCAGUAUAUCAGCUCCAAAAUAGUAUAUGAGUGUGCUAUUGGCUCAGUGGCUGGGUUUUGUUUGCUGUUGGGCUACAUUUGUCUCCUAGCAGCAGUAAGCUUCAUGUUAGCAUUCAUGGCAAGGAAACUUCCAGAUCAUUUUAAUGAAGCAAAGUUCAUUACCUUUAGUAUGUUGAUCUUCUGUGCUGUGUGGAUUACAUUCAUCCCAGCAUAUGUCAGCUCACCAGGGAAAUAUUCAGUGGCUGUGGAGAUUUUUGCCAUUCUAGCUUCCAGUUUUGGAUUACUGUUGGCCAUAUUUGCACCAAAGUGCUACAUAAUUAUAUUACACCCAGAAAGAAACACUAAAAAGGCCAUCAUGGGUCGAGUAACACAAAAGAUUUAG